AUGAACUCAGCUACACAUGUGUUAGAUUUGUCCGAUAGAGAGAAUGUGGAAAAUUAUAAUCAGAUCAUCAAUGUGAAGCUCGAACAGUUUCCAGUGCUGUUCAGAAGAUCAAUAUGCAUUCAUUCGUCGCUUCAGUUUGUUGAUUUGCUCAUGCAAAAUCUGAUGUUCUCACAUGGAUUCACAUCCACUCCAGUCAUCCCGAAUCAGAACAACGGUGUGACAAAUGCGCCAAAAACCAUGAUUCCCUUCUAUAAGAUUCGAAAAGAAUUCCGCGAGAUCUUCCGUUCUCGUCAUCGAAAUACAUUAUCUGAGAUUGCAAUGUUUGUUGGACCUUGUCCAGUUCGCUCAACUUACUCAUAUCGCGUUCCAAUUUUCGUGUGUGAAGCCGAAGAUUCGACGCAUGACAGUUGUGGAGACACAUGUGGCGAGUUGUCCGACGUCGAACGUCGGAAGAUCAACAGAGAUCUAUUCAUGCACAGCUUGAAAGAUCAAAACGACAAAAAAAUGUCGAAUAAGAACCAUCGAUUGUUCGUUUUCCUCAAAGGAUCGGAAGACAUGGUCAACGAAGAAAUCGAAGAAGAAGAUCCACCAUUCGAUUGCAAAUCCUGUCACGAAUAUUCUUUCGUCCAUGAAAAAUGCAACUGCGAAGGAGUUCGAGCAAUGCGGACCGACGGAAAAUGGUUGCGAAUGCUUCCGUUCAUUGUGCAUUCUAAACACUAA